AUGAGAAUCAGCAGCAAAGUCAGGAUUUACAAAACAUGUGUAAGACCAGUUUUAACAUACGGUGUCGAAACAAGAGCUGAUACCAAAGAAACGCAGAGUAAAAUGCAAACCGUUGAAAUGCAAACUUUAAGAACAAUAGCAGGGUUUACUAAGCUUGAUAUGAUGCCAAACGAAGAAAUAAGGAAAAUAUGCGACAUCCAAGAUAUUAACAAGUGGAGCAAAAGAAGACGUAAAGAAUGGAAACAACAUGUUCAGAGAAUGCCCGAAGAAAGAAUUGCCAAAGCAGUCAUGAUUGAGAGGCCAAAUAGCCGCAGACUACCUGGUAGGCCCGAAAAAAGAUGGCGAGAAUGCUGGACAUCCGGAUCCUCCGAUCUUCAUUGA